ACUAGAUCCGGGUCCACGGUCGGGAGUAGCUGACACUGUCCGGAGCGAGUGAAACUGACACAGCGAAAGGUUACAAUGUAGCGGAGCGCGCUGACUGGACGCACAGGGUGUGAAUGGGUCUGAAGAUAAAGCGUGAGAAGCACGGACAACUUACUGGUUUGUGAAUCUUUCACAAGCAGCCAAUGGCUGCAAGCAGUUUUCCGUUGGGUAAAGGAGUGAAGCGGAAACGCCACGAGGAUGAUGGUGGUCAGGCUGCAGCAGAAUACACUCCACAAACCUUCCAUUGCGGCACAUUGCUAGACAUCUCUCUGCUCAAACUGCACCAGAACUGUGUUCUGGCAGAGCGCAACUUACACCGCUCCGUGCUGAUUGCCAAUACCUUGCGCAGGCUGCAAGCGGAGAUCCGCUGGGAGAAUGGCUGCACCACGAUGCCCAGUGAGAUGCCACUGCAGCCACCUGAGCAACUUACCAGUGGUGCCAACCAACUAGAGCCCCUCUCCAAAAUGGGAGAGGAAAUCACUGAUCUAAACAACAACAUUGCCAAGGCAACCUCGCCAAGCCUCACCGAAGCGCCCUUCUGUCUCCUCUCUGGCAAUGACAGCUCAUUGUCCUCUGCCAUCUCCACCAUCCUUCAGGACCUAGACUAUGUGGAGGACCUGAGCACCCCUCCAGGCCAAGCACCUCCCGAAGAUGACCAUCUCUUGCCGCUGAAGCCGGUGAGCCCAGAUCCCCGGCCGGAGCCCAGGUCCCUUGAUUCCAUCUUCACAGCCUUUGAAAUUGCAGACUCUGAUGACUUCCUUAUUGACGGUUCCCUUGAUGCAAUCUUUGAAGACAUUGACACCUCUAUGUAUGAUGUCCCGCAGGGCUUCCCUGCCGGGGUCUGUCCCACCAUCCAGCCAAACAAAGCUUCACGAGGCAUCCCUUCAGCAAAGCCCCACAACAGCCGGACAGACUUUGAGUUGGAGAAUCUGAUGGACCUUCUUGUCGGUUGAUACUUUGUGCAGGGGGAUUUAUUCCCUUUUUGGAAUAUUAACUGGUAUUUUUCCAUAACCCAAAAGACUUGGACAAGAACUACCUGGGCUGCUGUUCCACCUCUGCCUUUUUCUCUUUGCAGAGUUUCUGGCCUCUAAACAUUCUCCUCUGUAGAGUCCCCACUUUAAAGCCACUGGGCUCAUACCUUUGUCCCCCUUGGGAAAAGACAGUUUUACCUUUUGCUGGCAGACCAUUCUACAUGUCACAUGCCUAAAUGGAUGGAGACUGGAUUUGCACAUAGGGAGGCAAAGGAAUAGAAGUUUGCACUGAUAGAAUUUGAUGAGGUUAGAUAGUAGGAGGCCCAUAUGGAUACCAGCAUAGUCCAUUUCGGCUGAGUGGCCUGUUUCUGUGAAAUAUCUAAGAUACUGACAGGAUGGGUGGUCCUCUAAUCAUUUCUAUGUCAGAAGCAGUGAAUAGAGAGUUCCUUUGGGCUGCAGAAACAGGUGCAGAUGACCUACUUGUGUGCGUCCCAACAUGACCAUAGUGGGAGGGGUAAUUAAUUGGUAAUAAGUCAGAUUGCUCACCAUCACCUUCUCAAACACAAUUAGAGAUGGGUAAGAAAUUCUAGCUUUGUCAGCAAAGUUUCCUGUUCAGUUUGCAUGCAUGGAGCUGUUCAGAGGGCCCGUGCACAGCAUUGGUGUGCCACAAUGUUUGCAGUAUCAAUUUCUGGUUCUGAAAGUUGCUGCCACAUAUGGAUCUGAGUUCCAUGCAGAAGAAAAAAAUGUAGCAGGAACACUGCUUGUCAGUGACGUUCACAUAAUUUUCUUUCUUACAAGAAGUUUCCCUCUCCCAUUUUCCAUGUUUCUAAUGCCCAGUUGAAGAGUUCAUGUCUAAUUUUAACUUUUCUGUAUGUAUGUUAAUAUUGAGAUUGUGUGUGUGUGUGUGUGUGUGUGUGUGUAUAUAUUUUGUCCUCUGCAUGCAUGUUAAUAUUGAGAUUGUGUGUGUGUGUGUGUGUGUGUGUGUGUGUGUGUGUGUGUAUAUUUUGUCCUCUGCAUGCCUUGGUUACUCCAAGUUGUUAACGUUUAACACUUGACCAACAUCGACAAGGGCCUGGAUAAAGAUGCAAUGUCAUUUGAUCUAUUUAUUUCGCACUGCAUUUACCUUUCCUCUCCUGAAGGUGCUGACUCUCCCUGGAUAAAGGUUGCUCAUAACUGGAGUCUCCCUGGGGUACAGAUUCCACAGGGCCCAACUCUUCCUGAGACAUAGUUUUCAUAGACUCUUCCUGGGGUGUGGGCCCCAUAGUCCCUGAUUCUUCUUUAUCCCUCUCCCCUUGUUGCCCUUCAAUGAGGUGCUCUGCCCAGUCACUGCCUACUCUUUUGACAGUGAUGGCACUAAUAUAUUUCAAUGCUGUAACUUUUAUGUAAAGCAGACAUGUCCUAUGCUAGCUUCCUGUUGGAGGUGGGAUGGAUGCAGAUUGACCUGGCGCACACUGCAGGCAGAGUGUGCCAGCAUUAAACCUGGUGACCAAGAAUGACCCACCCAAUGUAUUUAUAGAGCAGACAGGCAAGAUUUGGGGGCGAAGGGACAUAAAGGAAAGAGCCAAAGGAACAAGCACCAGCGAAUCUUGGAGACACUCUGAUCAUAAUAGUGAAGCCGGGCUUCGUUCCCCUUCUUUGUCCCUGUAGCACCCAGUCCCUUCCUGAAUCUGUUCACAUGUGGCUCACUCCAGUCCUACUUUCUUCCAUGCCUGCUUUUGUUAGCAUUAACUAAAUAAUGACUCUGCUGCUUUUGAGCUAUAUAAAAUUAAUUUAAGAACAAAAAUAAAUAUUUUUUGUUUUGA